AUGGCACGACAUUCAAGAUCAAGAAGCCGUUCUCGAUCUUCAUACAAAAAACGUAAGCACUCACAUAGAAGUGAACGGGCUCGCAGUAGAGAACGUAGUAGCAGCACAAAAGAGAGCGUCAGCGAACGAGCUCGCGAAAGUAGAGACGAGAGAAGGGGACGGGAUAAAGAUCGUCAUAGGGAGGAAAGGGAACACAAACGAGCAAAGCACUCGAGAGUAGAUUUCGAAAGAGAGGAUGCUAGUGAGUCGACAAGCGAUAGACAUUCUCACCACCACCACCAUCAUAAUGGACGUUCUUCAACUGCUACUAUUACGACCAUUAGUAAUAUUCAAGAAACUCAUGAAAUAAGGGGCAGUAAUAAAUCGUCGUCGCAUAUUAUUACCUUCAAUGGGACUGAUAGUAAGACUGAAAAUAUUAGUGCUAUUGGAGUUCGUGAUACUAUGUUGUCUCCUACUACUGUUUCCUUAAAUGGUCAUGUUGAGCGUAAAAAGUUAAAGUCACAAAGUCCUGAACCAAAGGUAUUAGAUGUGACUUCACCCAAAACAAUAGUUUCUGUUAUUGAUCAGGAAGAAGAGGAAAAAAUCCGUCAAAGGAGAGAAAGAGUAGAACAAUGGAGAAGAGAGAGAGAAGUGGCUAAAAAAGCUGAAGAAGCUGCAAAAGCUAAAAUUGCUGCCGAAUCUUCAGAUCUUCAAGAUGUCAAUAAUAAUGGUAAAGGAUGGAGUCUAGACGAUGACGACGAAGAUGAUGUUAUGGAAAUUGAUGGCGUAACAGAGACCGUGGUGGACUUACCAUUGCCCAUUCCAAAGGUUGCUGAUAAGUCUGCAGAACCACCAUCCCCAUUGCAAUUUCGAAGAAACCCGUUACUCGGGCUAGGAAGUAAGAAAUCUACGGUAAACAUUAAAGCGAAAUUAAAGGCAACCCCCUCUACUGAAGAUGAAGAUAAGGGAUUGAUUUCGUCGUCGCCUUCAAAAUUAAACAGUGCCAAAGAGGCUGCGGUGUCGUCUUCUACUAAUAUCAUGCAAAUUGACGAAAUCGCAAAUGAAGACGAAGAUCCAUUAGACGCCUAUAUGAAAGAUGUCGAGAUUAAAGUCGGUAUAUUGAACGAACAAGAUAAGAAGAUAGCCAAACAAAUUGAUAAGGCUAAAAAAUUAAAGAAGAAAGAUUUGGCUGCAGUCGAUCACUCGCAAGUAAAAUAUGAGCCAUUUCAGAAAAAUUUCUAUAUUGAGCCACCGGAAAUGCGUGAUUUGACUCCGGACCAAGUGGACCUACUUCGAGGUAUUGAUUGUCCGAAACCUAUAAAAAAAUGGACUCAUGCCGGAUUACCUGCUUCCUGCCUACAAGUGAUUAAAAAAUUAAAUUUUGAAAAGCCCACACCCAUUCAAUCACAAGCAAUUCCUGCAAUAAUGGCAGGUCGUGAUGUCAUAGGCGUGGCCAAAACGGGAAGUGGUAAAACCAUUGCGUUUCUACUACCAAUGUUUCGCCACAUCAAAGAUCAACGUCCGCUCGAACCGAUGGAAGGUCCCAUUUCCAUUAUUAUGACGCCGACUCGAGAAUUGGCGGUGCAAAUUCAUAAAGAAUAUCAAAUUGCUGAUCUAAAACGUGGAGCUGAAAUUAUUGUGUGUACUCCUGGUCGUAUGAUUGACCUUUUGUGUGCUAAUGCUGGACGUGUUACAAAUCUUAAGCGAGUUACUUACAUGGUUUUGGAUGAAGCGGAUCGUAUGUUUGAUAUGGGAUUUGAACCUCAGGUAAUGAAAAUUGUAAAUAAUGUAAGGCCUGAUCGACAAACAGUUCUAUUUUCAGCUACAUUCCCACGUCAAAUGGAAUCUCUGGCUAGAAAAGUCUUAAGAAAGCCUCUUGAAAUAACGGUCGGAGGUCGUAGUGUUGUUGCUCAAGAUGUAACGCAACUAGUAGAAGUUCGUGAAGAAAAUACAAAAUUUGUUCGGUUGCUUGAAAUCAUGGGACAACAAUACAACGACGAUCCGGAUGCUCGUUGUUUAAUAUUUGUUGAUCGUCAAGAAGCUGCUGAUAAUUUGUUGAGGGACUUGAUUCGAAAAGGGUAUCCGUGUAUGUCCCUCCACGGCGGAAAAGAUCAAUUGGAUCGCGAUAGUACUAUUGCGGAUUUUAAGUCUGGAGUAUGCCAACUUUUAAUAGCAACAUCUGUUGCUGCUCGCGGCCUUGAUGUGAAACAGCUAAAACUUGUUAUUAAUUACGAAUGCCCUAACCAUAUGGAAGAUUACGUGCAUCGAGUGGGUAGAACAGGGCGAGCAGGUAAUAAAGGAACAGCGUAUACUUUCAUUACACCUGAACAAGAUCGAUACGCUAUGGAUAUUAUGAAAGCUUUGAAGUUGAGUGGAGGAAACGUGACUCCUGAAUUACAACAGCUCGCAGAAGGAUUUCAAGAAAAAGUCAAAGCAGGUAGUGCUACUUAUUCUGGUUCAGGAUUUGGCGGAAAAGGUCUUGAAAGAUUGGAUGAAGCGAGAGAUCUUGUUAAAAAAGCUCAGCGCAAGACAUACGGUGACGCUGAUGACGAAACAUCAGAAGACGAGGUGGAUGAGGACGAAGAAACUUCAACACAACUCAAAAAAGAAGAAGUUUCAUCAGUAGCAGUCGCAGCUGUUAACAGCAAACUAUCAACUCUCGCUGCUUCUAAUUCCGCCGCUGCUGCUUCAUCAAUUGCUUCUGUUGCACCAUCGGUCUCGGGACAAUCUGCCGAAAUGAAUCCAGCCGCCGUAGCAGCUCUGAAAGCUGCACAACAAGCCGCUGCUAGGAUUAACGCAUCCGUAGGCACAAGUGGUGUACAACGUGCUAAGGAUAUCAUUGCAGAUAUAAAUUCGCGGUUCAAAGAGAAUUCAGUGCAAGGUGGUGUUGUCACAGAAGAAAAUAAAACUGAAAAUACUGCUGAGUAUUCAGUCGAGAUAGAAAUCAAUGAUUAUCCCCAGAAAGCACGAUGGAAAGUAACAAACAAGGAACAAAUAUCACAAAUCACAGAACUUACAGGCGCAGCAAUCACCACUCGCGGGACAUACUUCCCACCUGGACGCAAUCCAGCCCCCGGGUCCAGCGAACGAAAACUUUAUUUGUUUGUCGAGGGUGAAAAUGAAUACGUUGUCGAGAAAGCAAAGAACGAGAUCAAGCGUAUUCUCACAGAGACUACUCUCAGUGCUAUCGAAGCCGAAUCACGAAAUCCAGGAAGCAAUUCAUUAGGCGGAUACGGCAAGUAUACAGUUGUUUAA